AUGGCUGCAGGGAGGCAGCUGUGGUCUGUGGUCCGGCUGACCCUCCCCUCUGUGGGCUUCGUGCUCAGCUCCUGUGGGGUGUACCUUUGGUCUCUCUCGUUGACUCCUGGUUAUACACUCCUGGUCCUGGGCUUCGGCUCCAUGGUUUGUGGAGUCUUCUGGACCCUGUGCCACACCAUGAGGACCAAGAUGUACCAGCGAGACCACAACAGCACACGCAUCCACGUCUUCACCAUCCACAGACCCAGCUCCUUUCCUCCAACCUAUGAAGAGUCUCAGUCCCCUCCCCUGGAUCUCCCAUCCGCCCUGCUGCCCCUGGCCCCCCCGCUGUACAACCCAGACAGCUCCAAGACCCCAGACUGCACCUGGAGCUGGGAGAGGCCCCCGCGGUACAGCCAGACGCAAUAA